ACCUUACAAUGGAGUGCAGCGAGAACUGAUGAAAUGAAUUAAAGAAAAUGAGAAAGUAAGAAAUUGUGAUUGCUUCGUUGAAUGAAGAAGCAUGAUGGGGAAUGUGGAUCCUCAACUUCCACCACUUCCAAAUCUAAAUGAUUGGUCAAUCCACGAUAACAAGGACGAUUUGGUAUUUCCCCCAAUUCACCACGAAAACCUCCAAAUUCUCUCACCAUAUUCAGACAACCACACCCCCCAAUCACCUCCUUCUUCCUCACCCUUCCAUUCUCGGAUUCGCGGCUGGACCAGUAUCGCCCUCCAGAUCAUUCGUUCCAAGCUUUCCUCUUUCAGGAACAAAGGGGUAAUUUGGUCAAUUGGGGUUCCCGCUGCGGCGCUGUUAAUGUUCUGCUGGAUCAUCAUCGCCACGAAGAAGAAGAGAACCCUCACACCCAAUGAAGCUCGUCUCAUCUCCAUCGUCAAGCAAAAGGAACAGAAAAUUGCCCAACUAUUGAACCAGAUUGCACAAAUGAACGAAAUACUAAUCGAUCGUCAUAAAGCUGUGGCUGCUAAAGUGGAGUAGUGAUUGCCUACAGGUUGUGAAUAUGGUUGGUAGCUCACAUUCAGAAGGAACAGUGAACAAGAGCGUCACCCUACAGUGAUGCCGCUUUAAUCUUUCUAUUUUGAAAUAUCACUGCUUACGUGUGCAUGUCUUCAAUUUGCUUGUAUUCUGCAUGUGAGAGUUAGGUUGUAAUUGACAGAUGAACUAAUCAUGAUUCUUCGCACAUGUUCCUGCUACAGCUGAGUGACUGAACAUCUGCAAAGCAAAUGGCUGAUGAAUUGAAGUCCCAACUUUGAAGAAGGAAGUUCUCCACUUCUCAUGAUUCGUCAAUGACUAGAUCAGCAUGGAAAUGGCUGAAUUCUCUUAACUGUACUAAUGGUUACUCAACCAAGUUCUUUGUGCUAUAGAUGUUCAGCGCAUGUUUAAUUUGUUCAGGUCCUUGAUGUCAACUAAAUGACACCAUAUUUGGUGAGCUUUUUGGAAAAUCCCAUUUUUUUAUUUAAUUUAUUUGAGAUGCAAGCCAUAGAACUUGUCAUUCUACAUAGUUUAAUAUAUUUUCAGGCUGAAUUACGGUUUUUCAUUUGACUUCCUAUACUUUUAUUCAAAAUAAAAGCCAUGCAAUAAAAAAAUUGAACUGUUAAUCACAUGUAGAAAAUUUUGCAGCGCAUCCUCCUAGUUAACAAUGAUGAAAUAUACAGAACAUAAGGAAAAAGCUGAGGUCACUUGGGUGUGUUUCAUUCGGAGAAAAUAAUGAAGAAAUAAGUUGAAAAAAAGAGUAAGAAAUAAAAUUAAAUGUGUAGUUGUUUGUUGGAGUAGAAAUAACUGAGAUAAAUAGGAAAUGGUUAGAAAUAUAAGUAAUUUGAUUGAAAAUAUAUAGUGA